UUGCCAGCUUUCCAAAUACUUCUUUUCCCUCCGCCCUCCAGGAGGUCAUCACACCCUGCGGUUCAUCCUCUGAAGGCUUUGUCGACUUAUCUUCCUCCUCAAACAACAUAAGCAGAGAUUCCUGAGUUUCUGAAGAAGACAUCAGGAUCCAGACUCGUGGAGAUUUUCAGCAAGGCUCAGCCACACCCGGAGAGAUGGGGAGUGACUACAAGAGAAUUAUUCUGCUGAAGGGACUGGAGGUCAUCGGCGAGUACCAGUUCAGCAUAGUCAAGUCCCUGCUGGCCCGCGAUCUGAGACUCACCAGAAAAAUGCAAGAAGAGUAUAACAAGGUCCAGAUUGCGGACCUGAUGGAAAGAAAGUUCCCAGGGCCUGCCUGUGUGGACAAGCUAGUAAAUCUGUUCAAAGACAUAGAAGGGCUUGGAGAGGUUGUUAAAACUCUUAAAAAUGAGAAGAAAAAAGUUAUGAGGCAAAGCGGAGCAAGAGGGAAAGAUCCCAUGAAGAAAAGAAGGCAGGAUUCCCCCAGAACCGAUGGAUCCACAUCUACCAUGAAUGAAGCUUCGGGAUCAGUCCAUGACACAGUCAAGUCCAAGAAAAAGAAAAGCAAAACAACACAAGAAGAUGAAUCUGUGAGGACCCAACCAACCCAGGAACAGAGUCUGCUUCCAGGACCAUCUGCAACCAGCACACAGUCAACUUGUAGCUACCCUCAGACUCCUCAGAUGCCCCCACCGAUCCCAGGCAGCAGUUCUGCAACUAAGAAAAAGAAAAUGAAAACUACACAAAAUAAUGAAUCUAUGAGGACCCAGCCAACCCAGGGACAGAGUCCGCUUCCAGGACCUCCUGCAACGAGCACACAGUCCACUUGUAGCUACCCUCAGACUCCGCAGAUGCCUGCACCGAUUCCAGGCAGCAGUUCCACAACCAAGAAAAAGAAAAUGGAAACUACACUAAAUGAUGGACCUAAGAAGACCCAGCCAACCCAGGGACAGAGUCCGCUUCCAGGACCUCCUGCAACGAGCACACAGUCCACUUGUAGCUACCCUCAGACUCCGCAGAUGCCUGCACCGAUUCCAGGCAGCAGUUCCACAACCAAGAAACCAAGAUUGAAGGCUGUACCCACAGAAGCUUCCAUAGAAGAGGGUUUCCAGAAGGGCCCCAAGGAAGUGAUGGUGUUGAAAGCAACAGAACCAUUUACAUAUGAUCCCAUGAAAGCAGAGAAAAAGAUGUUCCAUGCCACCGUGGCUACUGAGAGCCAAUUCUUCCAAGUAAAGGUUUUUCAUGUCAGCCUGAAGAAUAAGUUCAUCCCAAAGAAUAUCAUCGCCAUAUCAGAUUACCAUGGUCGCAAUGGGUUCCUGGAGCUGUAUGGUACCUCUCGUGUGUCUGAUGUCAAUUCUGACCAAAAGAUGGAAAUCUCAAGCAGACUAAUCCAAAAUGCAAAAGCAACUCCUAAAAUCAAUACUCUUUACUCACAAAAGCCAGGAACAUUUGUGAGUGGGAUAUAUCAGGUGCAUAAGAAAAACGUGUUGAGUGAGAACAUCAUUUUGUAUGAAAUACAAGAUAAUACGGGGAAGAUAGAGGUCUUGGUGUAUGGACGACUGACCAACAUCAACUGUGAGGAAGGUGAUAAACUCAGACUCAUCUGCUUUGAACUCAGCACAGAUCCAAGACAGCUGAGAUCUGUAAUUCACAGUUUCAUCAAGGUCAUCAAGCCCAGGAAAAACAAGAAACAACCACUCGGUCCUGAUUCACAUAUGAAAAUCUCACUGUAAUAUCCUUCUAAAAACCUGGAUGCCAUUAACAAUGAUGCUAUGGAGGUAAAAUCUAAGUAUAGAAAAAAAAAAAAUACAUACAUAUAUAUGAGAGAAGUUCAAGAUACACCAGCAUUAAUUCUGGGGAAUAGAGUGGUAAUGGGUACUUUUUAUUUUAUUUUUUAUACUUUUAUACUUUCCGGUGUCUGUGACCAUAUUUUGCAUGUAUAAUUUUUAUAACUUGGAAAAAAUAAUAAACUUUUUUUUUAUUGUAAAGGAA